GCUAACAAUAACAAUGAUAAACCAGAAUUUGGUGCGAAGGCUACAGUUAACUUUUGAUAAACAUUGAUUAUCAAUGGCAAACUGUUUAUAUGUUACGUAAAUUUCAAGUGCUAAAAUGGAAAGUGUUUCUCCGGAGUAUGACAAUACAGAAAAUUACGAGGAAGAAACUUGCAAUAUGGACAAUCAUAGACAAUGUAGAAAUUCCUUGAAGCCUUUAUUGACCGAGGAAAAGAUGCGAAGAAAGCUCCAGUUUUUUUUCAUGAAUCCCAUAGAAAAAUGGGAAGCAAAAAAAAGGUUUCCUUAUAAAUUUGUAGUCCAACUAAUCAAAAUAGUGUUGGUUACCGUACAGCUCUGCUUGUUCGCCUAUCACCAGUACAAACACGUGAAUUACACUGGGGACAACAGAAUUGCCUUCUCACAUCUAUUUCUCAGAGGAUGGGAUGCAACGAGGGAAAUAAAUGUUUAUCCCCCCGCAGCUGGCCCUUUGGCUGUCUACAAGGAAGAAGAUUUUUAUUUGACCAUUGACUAUGCUUACACAGGAUAUGCUCAAUUGGAUAAGGCUAUCGGUCCUUAUUCUUAUGCUAACGAAGACAACACUAUGUCCGACAUGAUUAUAUGCCUUCAUCAGUACAAAGAAGGAAUAAUUUUUGGCUUCAAUGAAUCCUAUAUUUUCAACAGUGAGAUAGUUGAGACCUGUUUAAACGUGUCUGAAACUGAAGGACAUUUACUGAAUUCCAGAGAAUUCUUGACAAAACAUAAUUUGGAUAUAAAUUUUUCAGCUUUAGUGAAAGCUCAACUGAUGUUUCCCAUUAAAACCGUUAAUUUCAAAGCAGCUGGCAGAAUUUCACCUCCGAGCUGUUUCAGGUUUGACAUUUCUAUUGUUUUUGAUAACGAAGACCAUGAUGGGCAAAUGCUAGUGUCUCUGGAUGCUGAUUCCACUCGUUUGAAGUGCAAAGGUGAUGUGCAGUUCAUUACUGAUGAUGAAAUAGAAACUGUCCUCAGGAGUCUGCUGAACUACUUAGUGAUAAUAAUUUGUAUCAUUUCAUUUGUGUUAUGUAGUAGAGCAGUCUGGCGUGCUCAGCAGCUGAAAAACAUCACAGAUAAAUUUUUUCGGACCCACUUUGGUGAGUCAUUGAGCGACCAUGACAAAAUGAAAUUUUUGAAUAUGUGGUACAUUAUGAUAAUUAUAAACGAUCUGCUGAUAAUAAUUGGGUCUUCAGUGAAAGAACAGAUUGAGAAAGAAGAGUUUGUUACAGAUCAAUGGAAUGUGUGCAGCAUGUUUCUUGGUAUAGGUAAUAUGUUGAUAUGGUUUGGAGUAUUGAGAUAUUUGGGCUUUUUUAAAACCUACAAUGUUGUUAUAUUAACUCUUCAGAAGGCAGCGCCGCAAGUGGCACGAUUUUUACUUUGUGCCUUGUUGAUUUACGCUGGUUUCACUUUUUGUGGCUGGCUCAUCUUAGGACCAUACCAUUUGAAAUUCAGGUCUUUGUCUACCACUUCAGAAUGCCUAUUUUCCCUCAUAAAUGGGGAUGACAUGUUUGCCACAUUUGCAAUCAUGUCCAAUAAAUCCGUUAUUUUGUGGUGGUUCUCCAGAAUAUACUUGUAUACAUUCAUAAGUUUAUACAUUUAUAUAAUUUUGAGUCUUUUCAUCUCUGUUAUAAUGGAUGCUUAUGAUACCAUUAAGCUCUACUAUAAGGAAGGUUUUCCGAAAAGUCGCUUGGAAUGUUUCAUUGGUGACACAAAUAUUGAAGAGGUUUCAAGUGGUAUAUUCCGAAGCAACUCUGAUGAUAGUUUAGGUGGCUUAAUGAAAGAUUUGUGUUGCUGCACAAAAAUGCCUAGAUCCUACUCCUCUUUAUCCACUACCUCCAUCCUUCAGGCCAACUCUGGAUCCAGCAUUUUAGUCUGAUUGAAAAUUCAGUUUGGACAACUUUUCAGUUGGGUGAUCACGAAUUUGUUUAUAAUUCUGUACAAAGCCUUCCAUUGGUACUACUAGUAGUAUUGUUGAAUUUCAUGACAAAUUAGUUUGGAGAUUCCCUUGUAGGUAUAUCAAAUACCUAUUAAAUUUCACACAGGAUAAAAAUGUAUUCUUAGUCAAUUGUAUAUAUUAAAUAUAUUAAGGACAUCAAUCAAUUCAAUGAUAAACAACAAAAUCAUAACAGGAAUAUACAUUUUUUUCUAGAACUAUUUGAAUUUUUCCCAUUGCCUAAUUCAUUUUUGUUAGUAAACACAGAAUGAUUUAAGGUGAAUAUAAUAUCGGACAUAUUUUGAGAAUUAACAAAAAAUCAUUGAUAUUAGUUUUUCAACAAUGUAGUGUUACCAAGUAAACUUUAACUUGAAACAAUUUAUUAGGUGUAUUCGCUCAUUACAUAUCAGUGCGGCUGAUUAGUUAGCUUCGCUCGCAAGCACUCGAUAAGGCACUACAUCUGCUGUGUUUGGUAUUUACAAGAGCAAGGAGAAAUAUGUGAUCGGUUAGCUCUAAGAUCAACUUUAGAUCAGAGAGAUUUUUCAGUUAUCCUGUCCUUAUCCACCUGUGAAUUCAUUGAAAAAUUUCAAUUGAAAUGUGAUUUUGAUCACAUAUAUGUAUUGAAUAUGAAUUGAGUUUGUUGGUAUAGUUUGAAAAUUAAUAUUUCCUAUAUUUGUAAUCGUAAUUCGGUCCUAAAUGAGAAUUAGCAAUUGUAUGUUUUAUAUGGAGAUGUUUCAUUAUUUAUUUCAAUAAUAGGAUGCUGUCAGUUAUGUUACUCUUGAGAAUUAUAUUUUUAAAUGAUCUGAUUUACUCUUUAUAUUUUUUUUAUCGGUAAGAAAGAAUGAACUGUAUCGAAUUACCGAAACAUUUAAAACAAUGUGACAUAGUUUUAGUUCAAAUAUGAGCAUAUGAGCAUUUAUUUCCACUAGUAGGAUUUGCAUCACAAAAUAUCUGACUGUAAAGCGUUAUUUAAGCGUUUUAGUUAAAUUUUUUCAUCUUCAGAGCAUGUAACUCUAGUCAAUUUUAACAUUUAUUGCAAAACAAGUUUUGCUGUGUUUUCAGGGUCAUAUUAUUUGUUGAUGUAAUUUUAAGUUAUAACUAUGGAUUGUGGAAUUUAAAAUGUAGAUUUUUGGCACUGUUUUCAAAAAUACAUAUUUUCACGAUAUGA